AAACCAAAGCCAUUCACAUUCGACUGUAUCUUUGGUCCUACAAGUACUCAGGAACAAGUAUUUAACGAAGUUGGAAGUCGAUUAGUUGAACGAUUUCUGAACGGUUACAAUGCUACUGUUCUUGCCUAUGGCCAGACUUCGUCUGGAAAAACAUAUACCAUGGGUACUGAAAAGAUGUGUCAGUCCCACGAUCUCGGCGAUGAGGGUAUCGUCCCUCGUGCCGUUUCAUACCUAUUUGAAAAAUUACAAGCUGAGGAAACAAAUCGAGCAAUACAAUCAGCGACUUCCGCUAUUCCUGCAUUUAUUUCUUUUAUCGAGAUCUACAAUGAGGAACUCAUUGAUUUAUUGAACGAUGCUCCACCUGAAGCACGACCUGCUAUUACUGUUCGAGAAGAUAUGAAGGGUCAACUUAUCUGGUCUGGAGUUACUGAAGCAACUGCUUCGAGCGUCGAACAAGUCAUGCGAUAUCUCGAGCAGGGAACACAAAAUCGAGCAACAGGCUCGACCGAUAUGAACGAGAAGUCGUCUCGCUCGCAUGCCAUCUUUACCGUCAUGCUUCGUCAGGAGAAAUGGUCAUUAAAUGUACGCGCAUUGAUUGGAAAAAUGGAACAAAAGGCUGUUUCUACUACUUCGCAGGAAGGCGAGACUGUCGUUUUGCAGUCCAAAUUUCAUUUUGUCGAUCUUGCCGGAAGUGAAAGACUGAAACGUACCGCAGCAGAAGGUGACAGAAGAAAGGAGGGAAUCAACAUCAAUGCUGGCCUCUUGGCGCUAGGCAAUGUCAUCUCUAUUCUUGGUGAUCCCAAUCGCAAAAAGAUUGUAACUCACAUCCCUUAUCGUGACUCCAAAUUGACCCGACUGCUUCAAGAUUCCCUCGGUGGCAAUUCCACCACACUGAUGAUUGCCUGUGUCAGUCCCGCUGAACAUAACUUGAUCGAAACGAUGAACACCAUCAAGUACGCUAACCGCGCACGUAAUAUCAAG